GGGUGGGGAAGUGGGAGGGUUUUUCCAGGAUUGCGGGGAGGAGCGCUGGGCUGAGGGCAGCUCCGGCCUUGGGGUACGCAGUUCGUAGACGGUCAGCGGAGCUUGUGCCUGGAGAAGAGGGGACAUGUGGCAGCCGGCGAGCGAGAGACUGCAGCACUUCCAGACCAUGAUAAAGUCAAAGCUGAACGUGUUAACACUUCGUAAGGAGCCUCUCCCAGCUGUAAUCUUCCACGAACCAGAAGCUAUUGAACUUUGCACCACGACUCCGCUCAUGAAGCCCCGGCCGCAAGCAGGAUGCAAGGUGACAUAUCUUGGAAAAAUAUCUGCAACAGGAGUCCAGUUUUCUUCAGGAUGUACAGAACAGCCUGUGAUUGAAUUGUGGAAAAAACACACUUUGGCUCGUGCUGACGUGUUCCCUUCCAAUGCAAUCCUUGAAAUCCGUCCCUUCCAGGUACGACUUCAUCACCAAGACCUUAAGGGUGAAGCUACUGUGCAUAUGGACACCUUCCAGGUGGCAAGGAUUGCCUAUUGCACAGCAGAUCAUAAUGUAAGCCCCAACAUCUUUGCCUGGGUCUACAGGGAAAUCAAUGACGACCUGACCUUCCAGAUGGAUUGCCAUGCAGUAGAGUGUGAGAGCAAGAUAGAAGCCAAAAAGCUGGCACAUGCUAUGAUGGUGGCUUUCAAAAAAACCUUCCAAAGUAUGAAGAGCGAUGGACGAAUCCACAAAGACAGCUUCUCCGAAGAGACGUCUCAAGGGUUUGAAUCCGAUGACGGCUGAACGCACUUGGUCCUGUUCCCGGAUUAGGCAUCUACAGUCUGGAGCAGCAGCAGCUGGUGAGAGGUCUGUAUUGGGAAUGGGACCACAGAACAUUAGCUGGGCCGCUUCCUGCAGAAAUCUGCAGCUUCUUCAGAGCUGCAUCCAUGAAGUGUGUGUUACAAUGCUGCUUUCCCAAAAAAUGUGACAACACUUGUUCCUUAACCCUCUCCUACUGGAGCCUAAUGGAUUUGAAGAUUUGAACUAUCCUACAACUGUGCCAGUUGCCUUGGAAAUUCAAUGAUCUCAUGCCAUUCUGGAACGUAUGGAUCACUAUUUUUGGUGAACUAAAAUGUUAAACAACGUCAAUCAGUCAAGUCCUGUUUUUUAGGUGUCAGAAAAAAAUGUUGCUCAUAAGCAUUUCAGAAGUAUAUUUUUAUUUACACAGCAUAUAAUUGUAUACAGUAUUUUUUUUUUUUUUUUAUAUUUUAUCAUGUUAUUGUAUUUUUAAAACCAUAUGUGCAACCACUUAUCUACCUUAUCAGAAUAGUGUUAUUCCUGGGCCUGUUAGAGUGCAUCCUAGGAGUUGGGGUUGAGGGGGAUUCAUACAGAGGCCAAAUAUAUCUUUCAGUGUACAUUCCAGUAUCUCAGCUUCCUACUGUCCUGGCAUCUCAUAACCCAGAAGACUUUGUUGUGGCCAUGCACUUUACAGAUGCCAUGCUGCACCUCUGCAGUAUCCUAUGGUGUCUUACAUCAGUAGAUGGGGACAGAUAUACCCUAAACUUUAACGUGCUUCAUAUCUUGCUGCAAAACCUCCAUGUCUUUAAUUUUUGAUAACUUCUUGUACAUCUUUUGCUUCUGAUUGAACUUUUUAUACCAUUGUGCCAACUUUUUAUUCCUAGAAGUCCACUUUCUUAUGAUAUAGCUUAAGUUCAUCUUCUUGAUAUCCCCAUUUUCUAUCCUGUCCCAGUAGGUUCUUCAUGAGGUAAUAUAGUUAUAUGCCUAUAUCCAUAUUCAGAAAAAUAAGCUCACAUGACCAUAAGAGUAACAUGCAGUGACUAAUUCAGGUGCGGCACAGUGUGACUGGACCUCAGGCGGUAUGCAGCAUGCUUGUCUCCAGUGUUACCCACUAGAUAGGAAGUCUGACAGGUAGGAAGAACAUGAUGUUUUACAUGUUGGAUCAUAAAGGUUUUUAUUUUUGUAUCCGGCUCCCAUGUGAUUAUCUGAUGAUAUCAGAAUAUGGGAGGUUCUAUACAUAGGCAUUGUAUUAAAUAAGUUCCCUUUAAUAAGAUGUAUGUUAAUAAUAGUUCAAAUGGUACUUUGGAUGCACUGUGAAUGUGGCAUAUCCAGUUUGCUGAAAUUCUGAUACAUUUUGCAUAUUUGUCAGAGAAAUAAAUUUUACCCACAAAACAAGCUAUUUUAUUUGUCAAUGUGUUGCUUUUUUCAUAUAAAAUUGUAUUAUUUACAAAAUUAAAAUACAGACCUAUUUACGAGAACAGUGUGAUAGGUGU